CGUGAGCGUAAUCCAAUGACUGCAGCUCGUUCAGGCUAUCACCGCGAGGGCGGGACUUCCUCAAAGCAUUCACUUUCCGGCCACUCCAUUGAAGGGCACCAGUUUGCUUGUCGACUGCGCACAGAAAUCAUGGGAGGACACGACGCAGGAACUCACCACCAGUUCACUGGCAUCGCCAAGUACUUCAAUUCAUACACAAUCACAGGCAGGAGGAAUUGUGUGCUGGCCACAUACGCCAGUAUUGCUGCCCUUAUCCUCUUCUUCAAACUGAAGCCCAAGAAGCAAAAGGCUGUGAAAUCAAGUUAAUUUAUAGAUGUUUCGUGAAGAAGCUAGGGGUGCGGGAAGCUGGAUGUCCUUGUUUUGAUCUCAUCUCUGCAGUUUAACUAUGUAAAGAAUAAAAACAGAUCAGUUGUACCAAACAAA